AUGGUCGCGCCAGCAGUGCCCGACCUGACCGAAGAGGUCCUCCACGAGUCGAUCGAUGCCAGAACGGAGUCGCUUGUUGCGCUGCGGGAGCUCGGCCCGCCGGAUCUCGUCCACCUGGUCAAGCAAGGCGUGCGCAAUUCUGGCAAGCAGACUGGCAUCUAUCACCAUGUGACCGGCGUCGACGCCUCCUCGUCCGCGAGUCUCGCCGCGUACAUCAAUACCCUGACCUACAAGGAUAACGGCCCGAAUGCCACCUCCAAGAUUGUUGAAGGCGUGUAUUGCUGCUACAAUGCUUUCUCACGCCUGGACAUGCGCGUGCACGUGUCUAUCCCUGGCACCGUCGAGAGCUACUGCGUUGACGAGCGAGGCGAGAAGCGAAAGGCAUCGGACGAGCUCUGGCUGGAGACGUAUCUGUGCAGCGUCCUCAGGGCAUACUCUUACGCCGACGACGGCAGCGGCGAUACGAUUCGGCGCAUCGUUGGCGUCCGCCGCUUCAACCCCGUGACCAACACCGAGACCGAACACCGCUUCCUCCACGCUGCUGAGCAGCUCUUCUUCCGAGGUUGGCAGCUGGGAUCAGAUUCCGUGGUCCAGGUCCCAACAAACGUCUCGAACCACCUGACCACGGGCCUCCUCAAAUACCUCCAAACGACCGGUCGAUACGCGUCUGGAAUCAACCUGUUCGAGAAGCUUCGAACGCAGAGCGUCGAAGUAUCGUCCCUGCUGGCCAAGGUCCUGUUUAUGGGUAAUGAAGAAGUUUCAGGGGUCAAGACGCUCUACCACUCGCUGCAGGAGACGCCAAUGGACUAUGUCAUGCUCGACGCGCAAGCAGAAUUCCUCAUUAAAAAGGCUCAAAAGGCAGAGACGCCAGAGGUCAAGGAGGAGCGGCUUCGGAUGGCCCUGGGCUGCGCCGACCGCAGCACCAUUGCCGCGCCGAGCGAGUUCGGAACGUGGGCCCGAUUGGCUCAGGUCUAUGUCGCGAUGGAGGACUGGGAGAAUGCUCUUACGACUCUCAACUCCUGCCCCAUGUUUACAUACCAGGACAAGGAUACUCCCGUCAUGCCCGAGCCGAAAGAGGUGCAUCUUCCCAUCCUGCCGGAGACGAGACUGGACGAGAUCGACAGCGAGCCAGAGUCUCGGUUCUCGGAGCAAGUCGACGGCAGCCUUCUCGGGCUGCGCGCGGCGGCGUACCGCGGAACGUUCAAGGAGGCAUACAAGAUCCUGACGGAAAUGACGGCCAAGAUUGGCUGGGACCAGCUUCUCAAAAUUCGAAGCAACGUCUUUGUCAUGGAAGACGAGUACCGGACCGAGAAGCAGGAGGCGACCGGCGCGCCUUCAAAACGAAGCCCGAGCUUGGAUGGCCUGCGCGGUACACCGGAUCCCACCGCCAACGGCGGUGAGACGGCUGCGACGGACGAGAAGGAGGGAACAGAGGCUGAGGACUCGGAGAAGGACGAGAAGAACGGAGACGAGGAAGCCGACGAGACCGAGGACAACGAGGAGACGCUGGCGCCCAAUGGUCACAGCAACGGACUCGAGAAGCCCUCGAAUACUGUUGGUCCGCAGGAGGUCAAAGCGGACAGCGAUAACAACACCUCGAACGAUGAGCACCUAUCCAAGCUCAACACGAAGCGCCUGUGCGAGAGAUGGUUGGACAGCCUGUUCAUGGUGCUGUACGAAGAUUUGCGGGUGUACACGAUCUGGCGAACGCAGAUGGCGCAGUACCGCGCACAGCAGAUGCAGUACAAGAAGUCGGCAGAGGAAUGGGAGAUUCUGGGAGCGCUGGCAGAGCGGCUGCAGCAUCUGGACGAGGCUGUCGAGGCGUACCGGGCGUGCCUGUCGCUGCGCUUCAGCCCCAAGGCCCUGGCGGGCGUGCUGCGCGUCUUCGAGAAGACGAAGAGCACGCGAGAGACGGUGGCGUCGGUCAUCCGGCUGGUGACGUGGCAAUACCGGUGGUAUAGCGAGUUCAGCCCGGAGCUGCUGCACACGAUCCGGACACUGAUCGAGGAUGAGGGCGCGGUCAAGGUGCGGAGCAUCAUCCAGGCGACGAGCCUGCCGCAGAACGUGCUGGACCUGACGCACCACUACGCGGCGCUGUGCGCAACGUUCCGUAGCAGCGGCACGGAUGGCUAA